GUAGAAUCAUAGAGGCCGUUACUUAACUCACUCCCUGAAUCCUCUUCCCAACCCUAAAUUCCCAGGACGAUGGGGAUGAAAACCAAGCACUCGAAAGUCGAAAUUGCAACUGAAGACAUACCAGCUUCAGCAACUCCGAGUAGAGUAGAAGAGGCCACGGAGCCUGAGCUGCACCUUUCUUCGGCUACACUCCACGCCGGAGCCACCCGGCCCGCCCCCGAGUUACAAUGGCAUUGUCCCUUUGGAAAUUUACUCUCCUUGCCGUGCUCAGCCUUUUGGCUGUCGGGGUAGACUGUACCAUUUCGCCGGGUCCCGAUCCUGCCCAGCACCAAAGUGUUGCGUCGUUUCUCGACCCCAGGAUUACGUUAACAUACAAACGAACUCGGAUUUGCGAAACUACCCCGGGGGUCAAGUCUUACAGUGGUUACGUCAAUCUCCCUAGGAACACCAGCGAAGGACGGCUCUACGAUAUCCACACUUUCUUCUGGUUCUUCGAAGCUCGAAACGACGCAAAUAAUGCACCAUUGUCGCUAUGGCUCCAAGGAGGCCCCGGGGCUCCGUCUACUCCGAGUGCUGUCGGGGAAACUGGGCCGUGUUUCGUUGCCCACAACUCCCGAGACACGAUCCUGAACCCGUGGUCACUCAACAACGAGGUGAACCUUCUCUACAUCGACCAGCCUGUCCAAGCAGGAUACUCCUAUGAUAGACUGGUGAACGGAACGAUUGAUGAAACCGUAUUGCCAUACGUAGUCUCACCUCUACCUCCAGGCGCACCGGCACCCGAGCUGAACUCAACUUUCCUUUUCGGCACCUUCCCAUCGCAAGACCCGAUGUCAACACCGAACACGACUUCCACUGCCGCAAUCGCCGCAUGGCACUUUAUGCAGAUAUGGAUGAGACAGUUUCCGAAAUACAAGCCACAAGACAACAAGGUCAGCAUCUGGGCCCAGUCCUACGGUGGCCAUUACGGCCCGACAUUCGCCAAUUACUUUGCCGAACAGAGCAAGAGCACCGCGCUUAGAUCUAGUUCCAAAACAGUUAUUCCACUCCAGCUCGGUACGGUGGGCAUCAUCAACGGUUGCAUCGAGAUUCUUACACAGAUGCCCUCGUAUCCGCAGAUGGCAUACAACAACACGUACGGCAUCCAGGUGAUCACCGAGGCAGAGUACAACGAUGCCAUCGAUAGCUUUCCUGCAUGCCGCAACCGGGUCGAAGCUUGCCGAUCCCUCGCCGAAACCAAAGACCCGGCCGGAGUGGGCAAUGUAGAGGAGGUCAACACGGCGUGUAGUGACGCUUACUACUUUUGCUUCGCUACAAUGUGGGAAGGGGUAGAGAGCCGCGGUAGGAACGUCUACGACAUCACUGCCACUAUGCCGCAUUCGUUCCCACCCAAAUAUGCAGGUGGAUUCCUGAACUCCAAAAAAGUCCAGGACGAGUUGGGAGUCCCGCUCAAUAUGACCGGGAUCUCGACGGCGGUAUGGAGUGCAUUUAUGUCGACUGGUGAUUUCGUCUUGGGAAAGAACCUCGAGAUCCUUGGCAGGCUCUUGGACCAAGGGGUCAAAGUUGCCUUGGUGUACGGCGACCGCGAUUAUCAGUGCAACUGGUACGGGGGGGAACAGAUAAGCUUGGCAAUCCAGUCGAAGUUCAGCACGAAGUUCCACGAAGCGGGUUACGCGAAACUUCACACCAACAAAACAUAUGUUGGGGGAUACGUUCGACAGCAUGGAAACCUGUCGUUCACGCGUGUCCUUCAGGCUGGGCACGAAGCCCCUUGGUACCAACCCGAAACCACGUAUCAGAUUUUCAACAGAGUCAUGUUCGACAAAGACGUUGCAACGGGACAAAAGUCCACCGCGUCUGAGGGUUACUCAACUAGCGGCCCAGACAACGUGUUCGACGUCACAAACACGGUCCCUUCCCAUCCCGAGUCGGAAUGCUAUCUGUGGGACAUUUUCCAGACCUGCACGGACUUGCAAACCGACUUAUUGCGGAACGGUUCUGCGAUCCUCAAGGACUUCAUUAUGAUUGGGUACCAUGCGGCGGAUGGGGCCGUUCACUACUAUUAGGGCGGACAGAUGAGAUGAUAGCCCGUCGGCCGUAGUUGGUGUGCACGAGGCGUGGGGGGGUGCUCUUUCGGAAUACGUAACAAUGAACCGGCCAUGUGAUAAGAUACAAGCAGGGUUGAACUAAUAUAACAUGGAGUGAGUCCGAGUGACGGUCAAAUCGCAUCAAUGUCAGUGCCUAACACCGUAAUACCUCGCAUGUCUAACUUUACCCUACUUGUUCU